ACGUAGAAAAUUGUGGAAGUAUAGAAUCAAAAAAAAGAAAAAUGAAAUAUCCAGUCUUGUUGUGUUUGUGUUUGGUGUUUUUUGCUGCAUAUGGUAUCCCAGUGAAUGACCAAAAUGAAGAACAUGGUAUCUCUGCCGACAACCAAAAUGAAAUAUCAUGUGGUAUUCAAGACGAUGACCAAAAUAAAGAACUAUGUGGUAUUCAAGACAAUGACCACAAUGAAGAACGUGAUAAUCAAAUCGAAGAAGCAAAUUGUACUCAAGAUGAUGACCAAAAUGCAGAUGAAACAUGUUCUGUCUGUUUAUUUAAUAAUCCAGAUACAUCUAUUGGAGAAUGUUUACAUAAAUUUUGCCAAGGUUGUAUAGAUAAUUGGAGAAUUGAUAAGAUAUGUUACCGUUGUCCUUUAUGCAAUCAUGUAUACGAUAACUUUGACUUUAUAGCUAAUGUAUUGUCUACAAAUUUAACAACUAAUGUAUUGUCUACAAAUUUAACAACUAAUAGUAUGAGAGGUGCUCUAAGAAAUAUCUAUACGGUUGCCGAUACACUUGUAAAUAUAUUGUACGCAGCUAUUAGAAAUACCAAUACGACUACGGAUUUUACUGCAAAUGAUUUAAUCGAAGCUGUAAAAAAUAUCAAUACGACUACGGAUAAUAUUGUACAUGACUUGGGUGAAUCUUUAAGAAACAUCAAUACGACUUCAAAUUAUACUGUAAAUGACCUGGUCCAAUAUAUGAGAACUCCUUACUUGAUCGAAGCUAUAAGAACUUUCAAUACGACUUCGGAUAAUAUUGAUGGAAUUUAUCGAGUUUUACUAAUAAAUAUGUUGUUUGAUGCUAUAAGAAAUACCAACAGGACUUCAGUUUUUACUGCUAAUGACAUGCGCAGAGCUAUAAGAAAUAUCAACCAUACUAGAGAUAAUAUUGUAAAUAUGUUGUUCGAAGCUAUAAGAAAUAUCAAUCAGGAUACAGAUAUUGGUGUAGUCGGUUAUCCAUUGAUUGUACUUUAUAGUUAUGUCAAUCCUUUGGUUGUAGAUAUUACUUCAGAUCAUACUGAUGAAAAUACGACUCCUCUAGAUAUAAAUGACAAUACUACUCCUCAAGAUACAAGUGAUGAUUAAGAAAUACAACUCAAAUAGAAAAUUAAAUAUAAUUAUUAUACUAUAAUUUUUUAAAAGUUAUUUGUGAAAUAAGUUUAUUUUUGACACUUUUUAAUUUGUCUAAAAUAAUAUUUUAUUAAAAAUAUUGUAUAAUUAUUAAUUAAGUAACAAUUAAAAAAAAAAAAAAA